AUGACCCUCACACUGUGGAAAGAUCUAUCGCCCUUCGGACGACCCGUGAGAGAACCUACUGCACGCUCUCCCCAUGUUCUCGUGAUAGGAGGCGGAGUUAUUGGUCUCACCACGUCUUGGGCCCUCCUGGAUCGUGGCUACCGUGUGACUGUCGUGAGCUCUGCCUGGGUCAGUGAUGAGAAACGCCUGACGUCCCAGAUCGCAGGAGCUUUGUGGGAGUACCCACCGGCCGUUUGUGGCCAGCACACGGACGCGAUAUCACUGGCUCACUCCAAGAAAUGGUGUAUGACGGCAUAUCACAUUUGGGAUGGAAUCGCCUCAAACCCUGGGCUCAGCGCAGAGUCUGGUGUCCGCAUGAUGCCGUCCGACUUCUUCUUCCCCGAUACCAUAGAGGCCGACCCUGCGCAGUACUCGAAGAUGAUAGAGAUCAUGGCCAGUGGCGUCAAGGGCUUCUAUAGAGGGUCUGAGUUGCUGGAGGAGAGGAGAGUCGACCCUUCGUACGGUGCCGUUGACGCCUAUGAGUUGCUGGCGCCAAUCAUUGACACAGAUAAGGCUAUGGUAUGGUUGACACAGCUCGUCAAAAGCAAAGGGGCAAGGUACGUGACCGAGACUAUCGAAGAUGAUCUGCUGGUCCUUGAAGACGAGCUCUGUGCUCGCUUCAGCGCCGAUGUCAUCGUCAACUGCACAGGGCUUCAGGGGCAAGUCCUGGCGGGCGAUGAGAGCGUCUACCCAAUCCGCGGUGGCCUCAUUCGAGUCAUCAACGACGGCUCCGACUUUCCGAAAGUCGAGGCAGCCCUGACGAUUACCGCCGAUGCGGUCCACAGCGCAAAUGAGAUCAUUUUUCUAGUUCCGCGAAACGACAAUAUCCUCCUGAUUGGCGGGAUAGCAGAGCCGCAUAAGUGGGAUCUCAAUCUUACGUUAGACAGUCCUAUCAUUAAGCGGAUGCGGAAGAGAUGCGAGGCAUUCUUACCAAGUCUCAAGACUGCCCGCACCGAUCCGGAUUACCCCUUAGCUCAAGGCCUCCGGCCGUUCAGAGCCAACAAUGUGAGGGUCGAGCGAGAGCUGCGCAAGAAGACCAGCCGCAUUGUGCAUUCUUAUGGGCAGGGGGGCGCUGGGUGGUCGCUGUCCUUUGGAUGUGCACAAGAUGUUAUAAUGUUGGUGGAAGAAACUUUGGCCGGCAUCGCAGCUAGGCCGAUGGGAGAGAUGUACACUCGACGCGGUGCUUCAAGAGUUAUCGACAUGGAUGAGAUCAGAGCUGCUCUCUAG